AUGCUGCGCCUGCUGCUGCCCACCAGCCGCAGCUGCGCUGGCUCGCCGCGCCUCCCUGGGCGCAGCGGCGCUGUCGACAGCUGGACCCCUGCCCCGCCACUGCCAGCUCAGCGCCCAGGCCUGAAGCGGAAGCUGGAGGGGGGGCCAGCGCCGCUGGUUGUGCUGCUGUCGCUGCCGUCAAGCAGCAGCGCAUCCGCCUGCCCCCGCCACGCCGCCCCGCAGCCCGUCUUGGCACUGGUGAUCCCUGGGCCGCCAGUCUCCCUGCCCCCCGCCACCUGGCCGCCGGCGCUGGCUGACGCCGCCGCUGACGGCACCAGCACCACCGCGCUGCCCAGCCUGCGCUCCCUCCAUCUGCCCCCGCCCCCGGCCGCCCCUGUGGCACCUGUGCAAGCACCCAGCAUGCGCCUGCUGCCCGCGCCGCCGCCGCCAGCCCCGGCUGCGCGGCCCGCCUCCCCUGACCGCCCUGCCAGCGCCACCGGCGGCGACGCGGCCCUCUGGCCCGACUGCAGCCUGCUUACCACCGGCGCCGACUGGAGUCUGGGGACAGAUGUGCUGGGCCCAUGCGGCAUGGCGUGGGAGGGAGGGCUGGACCCUGCUGAGGCUGCCCGCCUGGACGCAGCCCUGGCUGCGCUGGACGCUGAGCCAUCCCCGCCCCCAGCCGCCUUUUGGCUCUGA